CAUCGAAAAUGAUAGAUCGUGCCAUAAUCAGACAGCAUAUAGAGUCUUUUAACCCGUCAAUUUCGCAUUACAGGAGGGAGCACGCUCCUAAUAGGAGAUACCUUCCUAGUGAUGUUACCAUAGUAAUGAUGUACAAUGACUUUAAGGCAAAACAUCCAACUAUCAAUUUCUCCUAAUAUUUAUACAGAGAUGUCGUGAGUAAAAUGAAUAUUUCAUUCGCUGCACUUGGACACGAAUAGUGCUUUACUUGCGCAGCAUUCAAAAAUCAUGAAAGCAGCACCAAUCACGAUUCCAAGAAUUUGGGAAAUGACUGCGCCGACUGUAAAUCAUGGAAUAAACAUAUUGGAAUCGUGAAGUCAGCUCGAGAACAAUAUCAAAUUGACGCUGAAGCUGAUAAUCCCAACAUACUGGCAUGUUCAGCAGAUCUUCAGAAGGUCAUUAUGCUUCCGCGGUGCGAAAUGUUCAAGGAGUAGUUUGGCACGAAGCCUUGUCAGGACGAUCCAAAGAAGAUAUCAUAAGUGCUUCCUAUGCUUUUUUUCUGGAUAAUAGAGAUGCUGAAAAUAUUAUUUUGUGGUUGGACAACUGUGCAGCGCAAAAUAAAAACUGGACCUUCUUUAGUUUCUGCGUAUAUCUAGUAAAUUCUGCUGAUGUCGCUUUAAACACUCUAACUCUGAAAUACUUUGAACCUGGGCAUACGUUCAUGUCAGCCGAUUCUUUCCAUCACCAGGUAGAGAAGUCUUUGAAGCAAAUGAAAAAAGUAUAUGAUUUCGGAGAUUACAAAGAUGCCGUUCAAAAAGCGAACUCGUCGAAAGUGAAAUUGAUUGAAAUGAAAAUUAACAAUUUUUUUAAUUGGGAAGACAAGAGUUCUCAAUAUAAAUUAAGCAAAAUAAAUCCUCGGCCAUAUUUGAUAGCAAAACACCAAAAGAAUGGUUUGGAAAAGCCUAAAUGCAAGACUGUCUGUCGUGGCAUAAGUCAAGCUAGAAAAGACACUCUCAUAAACCGCCUACGUGGAAUUAUUCCCAUUACUAGAAUAAACUUUUGGAAAAAUUUGCCUGUUUCCGAAAAUCCUGAACAAGAAGACGAGUAA